AUGUCUACAUCCCGCGAGGACUUUGAGUCGCUGCCUCCGGCAGUGCGACGAAAGUUCUUCUCGAAUGUCGAGCGUUUGCGCAUUCGGCUAGCCCAGAGCGAUCACGGUUCCCCUGCUUUCUCCACGUCCAACUAUCAGGUGGAUAAUCGGGUCUAUCGAAACCCUCGUUUUGUCUCGGGCUAUCACUCGCGUGGUAUGCGGCGCAGCUCUUCCAACAGGAAGCAAAGGCUCGAAAAACGUUCUUCUUUUUCCCCCAUAUUACGGCAGUCCGGCUCUCUUCAAUUAGCAUACUUAGCCGCCCAGGCGGACUCUCAAUGCUUUCAUGCUCUCCCCGCUAAGGUCCAGCAAAAGCUUUUUUCCGCCGAAGAGCGCCUGCGUUUGAAGAAGGCCUAUCGUAAUAGCCUGAUUUACGACACUGCCGACGAAGCUUACCGACGAGAUUCCAACCGGAAGCGCCGCUCGUCCACCGAUAGUCACCCUUCCCAAGCGACUCUGCCAGUUGCUCAGCCACUUACAGUCUUUUAUUCGGACUCCGAGUCUGACGACGAGGAAGACCGGGGCAUGGAUCAAGCAUUCCACGAUAGUUUCCGGUGGCUCGAUGACGAUGGUGAUCUCGACUUGUCUCUCGACGAGUACCAUGCUCAUGUGGCAGAUGCUGCGACGAAAAAGAGAUCACGCCUCUCUUUCCGCCGCUCCUUAUCCUUCUCUACCCAACGACGCAGACCAUUAGAGAUUACCCCCAUCUCACCGCGUGGAUUGCCACGCGUCAGCCAUUCUCAACCUUUAACUCCUCUGUCCGCCCGAGCCUCGGAAUCGCGCCAAUCAUUGCACCGAUUCCAACACGGUCCCAAGUUAUCCACCUCAAGCAUCGACCCCUCUGCACAAUACUACCAAGACCCGGAUGCCCGUCUGAAAUUACGGGUAUAUCUGGCAUCGCCACAGAAGUUUGACGAAGCCAUUGAAUUCGGAUUCCCUUCGCUGGGCCAAAAUCAUAAAGAGAACAUUGCACCAGAGCCCAUCUCACCAAAACCAACUCUGGUCAACCCGGACUUUGGCACAUUCUUCGAAGAUGACGAUGGCACUAUAAUAGGAAGCCCAGGGGGAUCGGUCAAAAAUGAACCAGCCCCUUCGCCUGUGUGGACAUCACACCGGGACACGCCCCGAUCUUCCGAACCGUCGCUCCUGCAGCGUCGCCAGUCCUGGCUUCCUACACUCAAGGGGGGACCACAGCGGCUUCCCGGAAAUCGGGAGAUGACUCUCAAAAUGACUCUCACUCGACCUGACCUGCGCACCGACUCUCCCACUCCAUCCAAGGAAAACGAAGAUCCCUUGCGCUUGGCUGACCUGCCCCCAGCGGAUCACAGCCAGUCGAUCUGGGACUCAGACCUGGAUGAGCAAGGCGUGGUAAAGAAGAUCUGGCGCAAGCUCCGGCGUCGAGUUUGA